CGUGCCCGCUGAACUCAUCUGUGCAGUGCAGCAGAGUAAACCUCAGGGCUGGUGGAGAGACUCAACCACAGGCCAUGACACCUGCACACGGAGGAGGUUCAGGGAGACCAUUUCUUCCUCUCCCUCCUUCCUUUCAUCAUGGAAUCCGAAAUUUCUGCUCUCUGGAGGCUGAGAAAGGUCAGGAACAACUGUGCUGAGAGUCUCAGUGUUAGGCAGAGCUGGGACAAGCACUCAGGCCCCUCUCCCUCUCCUCCACAAAGCUGCCAACCCUGGACUUCUGAAUCCCGGAGCAAGGUGGUUCCAACACCAAGCAUUUAAAAUAAAAUCCAGUUGAAUCAGGCUGACCUUCUACAAGCCAGCCAUGUUUGCCUGUUUUGCAUUAACACCCAUUAAGUGGUAUUUUUGGGGAUGGAAACUCUCCCAGUCUGCAUGCAUGUGUGUGCUCAUGAUGCAGACAUUAAAAGACGCUGCUCUGCAGACUGAGUCCCAUGGAACCGACUUGGUUUGAAUCAGGGAUGGAAUGAUCCAGCGUUAGGGGACCUCCUGGUAGCUUGCAAGUUUCAUAGAAGAAGAGAUGUCUGAGCAUAGGCUGAUAAAUGUGGCCCGGUUUGCAUGUGACUUUCAGGUUUUAAAACUGAAAGUCCCAUAUCCUGGAAACCCCUCGGUCCCAGGCAGUGGGGACAGCCGGUCACUUCCCCAUCCAAACUCUCACGGUUUCUGGGGACAUCCUGUUCUGAGGAGAAUGUGUGAGAAACCUACGACAUACUCUCUUCUCCUGGUCCUUUUUCUGAGCCACAUGGCGGCAAGUCAGAGCGCUCCAAGUUCCAGGCGGGAUUUGCAUCCGUUGUUGCAGAACAUGGCGGAGGAAAUAAUCGCCGGACGCUAUCUGAAUGCGCUUCUGGAUCUCAUACGGUUUCAAAGCUCUCACCUGUGGACGGCUGACCUGUCCCACAGAGUCCUGGCCUAUCUGAACUCACGCAAUGUCGCCUUUACUGUUCCCAGCCUGAAGGCAGCCAUGGAAAGUCACUUGGAGCAGCAUUUGUAUCAGCCCCAGCGGCUGCUGCAGACCCUGAGGGACACCAAUGUGCAGCAGUUCAGCACGGCCAUGACGUCCCUCUUGGAGGACAGGCAGGCCCGCAUGGACCUGACUGACAUGGUCAUCGACGUGGCAGAGCUUCGAGAACAAGCCUGGCGGAUCCCCGGCGUCAACCGCAGCCUAUUCCUCGCCACGCUGGAGCGGUGUUUCCAGGUGCUGAGCUCCCUGGAGUGCGUGCAGGUCCUCGGCCUGCUGCUGAGGGGGUCCUCGGGCAGCUUCCUCCAGCCUGAUGUCGCCGAGAGGCUGCCCUGUGACCUCCCCCAGGACGCCUUCAAGAACCUCUCAGCCGUGUUCAAAGAGCUCUACGACCAAACCCCUGCUCAGGUGCAGACAGCGCUCUACUCCUGGAUGACAGGGACUUUGCGGGCAUCCUCCAACAAGACCACUGAUGACUCAAUUUCUUGGGUCAGUGCAGAAAACCUAUGGAUUUUGGGCAGAUACAUGGUUCACCUAUCAUUUGAAGAAAUCACAAAAAUCAGUCCUGGAGAAAUGGGGCUAUUUAUCAGCUAUGACAACGCCACCAAGCAGCUGGACACGGUCCAUGACAUGACUCCUGAACUAGCCCGGGCAUUUCUGGAGCGGAUCGGUUCCUCCAGCUUCGACAUGAGAAACACCUCCACCAUCCACAGGCUGGGGCUGCUGGUUUGUUUCUAUGACGACCUGGAGGUGCUGGACUCCGUGCUGGCUCAAGUCCUCCUUCACCAGAUGAUGAAGUGCAGUCGCCUGCGAGGCUUCCAGGCUGCAGUCCAGAAGCUCAAAGCUGAGCUCCUUGACAUUGCCACAGAGAACGAGACCCUCAACAAGACCCUGGGUUCUUUGUCGGAUGCUGUUGUGGGUCUGACCUACAGUCAGCUGGAAUCCCUCUCCCCCGAGGCUGUGCACAGCGCCAUCUCCACCCUCAACCAGGUCUCAGGCUGGGCCAAGAGCCAAGUCAUCAUCUUGUCUGCAAAAUACUUGGCUCAUGAAAAGGUGCUGUCCUUCUCCAGCGUUGGCCAGAUGGGGGCACUGCUGGCGGGGGUCAGUGCCCAGGCCUUCUACAGCAUGGACCGCAAAGACCUCUCGCAGGUCCUGAAAAGGUCUGUGUCCCAGCACAUGUCCCGUUUGUCACCUGUGCAGCAGCAAGCUGUCCUCAGCAAGCUGAUGGAGGCAGGAGACCCUCCCUCAGGCAUUCUGGAGAUACCAGGGCCUUUCUUUAAGGAAGUGUCUCUCUUUGAGCUACGGCGGGAACCUCAUUUCAAUGCCACAGUCCUGAAGGGGAAGGACCUUCGGAGGAGCCAGGCCUUGUUCCUGUAUGAGUUUCUGUCAGAGACCACAGGAAGGCCUGAGCAGCUACUGAGUGCUGGGCAGCUGGUGAAAGGUGUGACAUGCACGCACAUUGAUACCAUGGGCACCAACUCCUCCCUGGCCCUUUUCCAGUAUUUGGAGAACAACCUCUCUCUGCUUUCACUGGAUCAGGUUAAUUGUUUGGCGUGGAAAUACUGGGAGUUUUCCAGGUCUUCUAUGCCGCCUUUUCUCUUGGCUGCACUCCCGGCCCGCUUCCUGGCUUCUGUCCCCUCCUCCCGCUGUGUGCCCUUUCUGGUCAGCCUGGGGAAGAGCCACCUGGACGCCUUGGUUUUAGAUUCGCACAAAAGGAGCUUGGUCCUUAGGAAAGUGCAACAGUGCCUGGGUGAUGCUGUGGUUGAUGAGUACACUGUGGACAUCCUGGGGAACCUGCUGUGUCACUUGCCAGUAACCAUCAUUGAAAGGGGGAUCCCCCGGGCCUGGGCCACCGCUCUCCAUGGCCUCAGAGGCUGUGUGAACCUCAGCCCUGAGCAGAAGGCGGCUAUAAGGCACAGAAUCCUGGAGCAGUACGGACCCCCUCAGGACUGGACUGCUGAGACAACGAAGGACUUGGGACCUUUCCUUGUGAUUUUCUCAGGAGAUGAAUUACACUCAAUUGCCACAAAGUUUCCUGACGUCCUUCAACAGACAGCUUCUGACAUGGCCGGGAUGCUGCUUCCUAAAGAGCUCCUCCAGGCUGUCUUUGAAUCUGUCCGGAAUAGCAGUGAUGGGGGCCCCAGCUUCGCCCCCACCCCUGGUUGCCUUGGAGUCGUGGCUCCCUCUUUUGAUGACAUCUUCAAGUUGGCAGAAGCCAAUGUCUGCUGGGCGCCCAAGGACCUGCUCUGCAUGGAAGAAGGCACAUUCACCAGGACCGUGGAGCUACUGGGCAAGGUCCGGGGUUUCAACCAGCCUCAGCUGAUGGCCCUGAAGGAGAAGGCCAUCCAGGUUUGGGAUGUGCCUCCCUGUUGGAGAGAGCACCACAUCGUCCUGGGUCGCAUCGCUCUGGCUCUGAAUGAGACUGAGCUGGAGCAGCUGGACCUCAGCUCCAUAGACACGGUAGCUUCCCUGGGCCAGCAGACAGGAUGGACCCCAGGGCAGGCUAAAUCCAUUCUGCAGACAUUCCUGAAGGAGUCAGGCUAUGGUGUCCAGGAUCUGAAGAGCUUUCAUUUAGUAGGGCUUGGUGCCACCCUGUGUGCCAUGAACACCACCGAAAUCCCACUUAUAAAUAUCUCAGAAUUCAGGGUGGUGGUGGCCAGAAUUGGGACCCUGCCCUGCAGCACCCAUGUCUUGGCUGAGUUUAAGAGAAAGGCAGAAGUUGCUUUUGGGGAUCCCACUGAAUGGACCAGCUCUGUCCUGCAGGAGCUUGGGACCAUUGCAGCUGGAUUAACUAAGGCAGAGCUCCGAGUUCUCCACAAGGACUUGAUGCCGUAUUUCCAGCCAUCAGCAAUAAAAUGCCUUCCUGAUGAGAUAUUCAAAGAGCUGUCGGAGGAGCAGAUCGCAUCCUUGGGUCCCCAGAAUGCCGCCGCGGUGACCCAAGCCCAGCGCCGACUGCUCAGCACGUCACAGCUGCAGAGCCUCCAGUGGGCGCUAGAUGGCGCAAAGAGCCGCUCCUGGCAGGGCGCGCCGGCGAGUGCCAGCCCUACCCGCACGUCCUCAGCCGGGUGUCCAGCAGGAGCGCCCACCUCCUGGCAACACUGGCUUGGCUGCCCGCUGCUACUUCUAAUGGCCCACCCGCUGUCUUGAGUGGCCUCAGUGCUUUGCCCUUUCGUGUCCCAAAAAGCUGGCCAAGGUUUGUAGAGACAGACAGUGCUUCAGACUGUGGGAGAGCCUUUACCUGGGCUCAGAGACUCAACUAGGAUAGGGAUACCCUGGGGCCACGAUAUGUAAAAAGCAAUAAGGGAAAAACAAUUAUUAAAAAACAAUCUUGUGGAUUCCUCAGCGAGCUUGUCUCCUGGCAGGGUGCCCUUCUCUGUCCAUUUUAGCCUCUUGUUUUCUGGCUUGCAGAUAGCAAAGUUGUGGGGAGGAAAGGAUGUUUUCUAUUCACAACAGGAGGACCUUACAUCCAGUUACUGCCCUCCCUCCAGAGAGAGGGAGAUGGGUGCAGAAAAAGUCACCUUUCAGCCAGGGCCUGAUCUGGCAUCUUCUUGGAGCUACAGGCUGCACUGAAUUCUUCUGCUUCCACACUUCCCAGAGCUGAAAUAAAUGAAUCUCUCAACAGAAGCCAAUAUUCCUUCCUGAUUGCUGGGACUAAUUGAUGUUUUGGUGGGCACUGCAUCGCUUGGAAAUUAAAGCACUUAACAUGGCUCAACGUUAAAUCAAUUUUUAAAUACAUUUUCCAGAUAUCUUCCGUUUUUUUGGGAAUCAGCUGGGUGAAUGGCUGUGGAAUUCUUUGUACAGCUUUCAGAAUAUUCGGUUUUUUAGGGGGGUGGGUGUGGGUAGGUGGAGGUGUUGGCUCUUCUGGUUUUACGUUGCUCUGGGUCUUGGUGGGAAAUAAAAAAAUAAAA